AUGAAUGUUUUGGAUGGAAUCAAUCGAGUUAAUGUGCAAUUCUCUAUCAGGUUUAAUCAGGUUUGGGGAGAAUAUGAGGUUGGGUUAACAAUAGGGAAUGAAAUUGUCUGGUUUUUCAGGGUCCGUUGGAAGCUGUUAAGGAAAGUAGUGGAUUCGGGAAUUCAUAAUCAUGGGCAGGAGAGAUCAUCAACAGCUGAUACUGCGAUUAAUGUAUUACAGAUUCACUGGCGGCAAAUCUGGAGUCUUACUGGAGAAAAGGAACAAGGGAAUCAUAUCUGUCAAGAAGCUUUGACUAUGAUACAGGUUAUAGAAGUUGUUUUGAUGUAUUGUCAUGAUGAUUGUCCCAAUCAUAGAUAUGAUAAAUCUCAUUCAUUGGAGGGGUUACGGAAAUUAGAGUACACAAUGUCUCAAGCAAUAUGUAUGGUAUCCGGAGGGAGAAGCAAGGGAAACAAGGGCAAAGAGACUCUUCCACGAAGGUUGAAGAUAACGGUUCCUCAUUUUGACAACACUCCGCUGUUAAAUGCUUACUCCAAGACUCUCAUCGGACGGUGCAUGAAUCUAGUGGCACAAGAUAUUCAGUCUCUCUUAUUCAUGUUGCCUAGAAUUUGGAAGGUGGAAGAGAGAGUGGCGGGUGCAGACCUUGGUAUGGGGAAGUUCCAGUUCAAUUUUGAUGAAGAAGAGGACAUUAUUGCGGUGCUGCAAAUGGAGCCGUACAAGGCAGAUAAGCGUGAUGAAGGAGCCAUGAGCUAUAAAGGUGUAGUAAGAGAUUCAAACGAGGGAACUGUGGCUAAUCCGCCCUUGGCAACAUCACAACUCGAACAGGCAAAAGGAAAGGGGAAAGUAGUGGAGCUUCGGGAUGACAAGAGGGGCAUCCACAAGGCUCUGGAAGCACAGGAAUCACGACAAAGGGAUAAUGGGGCAGUUUAUAACACAGGGAAGGAAAAACGAAGUGGGAAAAACUCCAAGAAAAGCCCCACUCAACAUUCAGCCAAAAAGGUUAGAAAAGCUCUUGAAUUUGAGGAACAAGUCUUAGGCAUGGAUGAUCUUGGGAACAUGAUUGAUAGAGUUGUGAUGCUAGAUCAAACAGAGAAAAUAUCUGAAGAUAUGGAGAUUGAGGUUAAGAGUGGGAAUGAGUUGCUGCAAGAACAGGAGAUGGCGAGUUUUGAAGUGGAUGCUUUGUUUAAUACUGGUAUUCUGGAGGAAAAUUCUGUCGUGGUCAAUGAGGCUGAUUUACAGGAGAGUUUAGAGGAAUCUGUGCUUGCUGAGGAUCAGAUGGAUAUGGAGGAAUUUGAUGCUUUAUGCCACAACAACAAAGAAAAAAGGGACAUGGGAGAUUAA